AUGGCAUGUAUAGGGUCGGGUAGGCUUUGUGCUCAUGUGGAGAAACUGUGCCAGUUCGGACAUUUCACCCAAUUACGGAGGAAAGUUUCGACAACGACAUGUGUGAAAUCGCGGCCGGUGAUCUCCCGGACGAGCGGCACGCUCCUGCAACGAUGCCAGAACAAAACGAACACGCAAGACAGCAGGAUAAAUCUCGCGAGAGCAACGAGCACUAUGCAAACGCAGAUGCCUGGAUCUUUGCCCGAUUACCAAAUCGAUCCUUAUAGGCUUAUAGAGGAUGACCUUAAGGACAUAUUCGACGAAAUACGAUUGGAACUUAUUAAUAACAAUACGCAAGAAGAGUUGCAUCCUAUAAGCACAUAUUAUUUCGAUGGCCAGGGGAAAGCAAUACGUCCGAUGUUUACUAUACUGAUGGCACGAGCUAUUAAUUAUCACAACGGAAGAAAUGAUCUCUCACAUUCGCAACGGCAAAUAGCAAUGAUCUCCGAGAUGAUCCACACUUCUUCUUUGUUGCACGACGACGUGAUUGAUCAGUCGGACUUCCGUCGAGGCAAACCAUCGGUUAAUGUUGUCUGGAGUCAAAAAAAGGUGGCUAUGGCAGGAAAUUACAUCUUGGCGGUCACUUGCAUGAUGAUCUCCAGAAUUCGAAAUGAUGACGUAACCGUCACCAUAAGUCAGAUCAUAAAUGACUUGGUGCAAGGUGAAUUCAUGCAACUUGGCUCCAAAGAGACGGAAAAUGAGAGGUUUGCGCACUAUCUUACAAAGACCUAUCGAAAAACAUCGAGUUUAAUUGCCAAUUGCGUUAAAGCGGUUGCAAUACUCUCCGAAGUUGAUGAUCAUAUGAUAGAAAUGGCUUUCCAAUACGGCAGAAAUGUUGGCCUGGCUUUCCAAUUGGUGGAUGAUCUUCUGGAUUUCGUGGCUUCCUCAGCAGCUAUGGGCAAACCCACGGCCACUGAUCUCAAACUUGGGCUGGCCACAGCCCCAGUGCUGUUUGCUUGUGAACGGUACCCAGAAUUGAACGCGAUGAUUAUGCGUCGUUUUCAAGAGCCCGGAGACGUUGAGAAGGCCUUCGAAUUGGUGCACAAAUCCAACGGUCUCGAACAAACAAGAUUCCUGGCGAAGAAGCAUUGCGUGGAAGCUAACAAAAUUGCACAGUCAUUUGCCAAGAGUCCUUAUCAAAAAGCUUUGAUGAUUAUGACCGAUCUGGUCAUCAAUCGUAUGAAAUAGCAUCGCGAAAAACGGAGAUUUGGAACACAAGAAAAAAUGUUGAUUUAUAAAUAUUUAUAAUUAUCUUGAGCGAUAAAAAAUAACGGCUAAUAUGCGGUUAGUAAAGCCAGUUCUUGAAUUUCGCAAAUCAAAUAAAUUUCACAAAUCGGGGCCGCAAAAAACUUUUCCUCCUAAAUAUUAUACCGCUAGCCGGUAUUGCUACAUAUUGUCAUAAAUAUAUAGUUUAUCAUACCUAAAAAUUUUUAUAAAAUGUUGUUAAGGUUUAAUAUUAUAAUUGUUGGUGGUGUAACAUUGAUUGACGCGAUUGAUAGCAGAAUAUCAUCGCAUUGCUACCCCGAGUUCAUACCUCACUCGAAAGAAAAGUGGAGAAGGUAUUUAUGUCUUCUUAUGCCUUCCAUAAGCUUUUUGCUAAAACCCUUCCAGAAAGCUUUAUCGACUUGAGUCGAAUAGAGUUAUAUACAGAAAUGCAGGAAGCGCAUUUUACAACGAAAGUGCCUAGGCAUAAUGUUCACAAAGGUCAUGUGGCGUGCGAGGAAAAAGUAUUACCUGAUUUUAUUAUUAAUUGAUCGUAGCAAUAAUGUAAAUAUAAAGUAGUCUAGCAAUAAUGGCAAUGUAAUAGCAUUGAUAAUGUUUUCUGUUAGACUUCUUUUAUGCAUACAUUUUUUAUUGUGUUCCAUAAUAUAAUCAUAUUAUGGAAAUACAAUUGUAUUAUAAAAUAAUGCAUAAAGUAAAACCUUAUUCUAUCUGAAAAACUUAACUUGUCGCGACGUGUUAAAAAAUUGCUUGCGUCAAAGAAGUCUUAAUGAUUUCUCAUGCAGCACUGCAUAUAAAAUAGGCGAAGAUAAAUUGAAAAUUUAAAUAUAUAUAUAUAUAUAUAUAUAUAUGUAAUAGAGAAAAUACAUAUACACAUACAUAGAAUUAAUGAUAAUUAACAAUAAGAUAUUUUCAGUCUUUACCAUACCCGAUUACAUUUAGACAGAUAUGUAUUUUAAUAAAGUAUCGUAACUUUUAUCGGGAUAAAUAUGAAUGUAAAAAUAAGUAAUAAGGAGUGCCAAUACUUAUUUUCAUUGACAGGCUAAUUUGAGCUUUUUGCUGAAAAUGAUAGAAAAUAUUUGCCAAAGAAACUGGCAAACUGGUCUUAAUUUUCUCAGCUUAGUAUAAUUUAAUUUUAGCCUAUCAUAAUUAAAAACAAUUAUCUAUUUCUUCUUUUCUUUUUGAAGUAUUAGAAUGGACGUCAUUAGAAUUAUGACAAACUGGAAAUCAAUUAAAUUCGUUUGAUAAAAGUAGGGCUACUUUUACUACAUUUUACUAAAUAAAAUUGUUCAACAUAUCGAUAUUAUAUGAAUGAAUAUAUAAGAAUAUAUAACUAUCUAAUGUAACAAUAAUUUAUAUUUAUGUCGAGAAUUAAUGUAUAUAAUUGCGGUAACGUUACACGACAAGAUAAAUAACAAGGAUGUAAUUAUAAUCAAAUGUAAAGUUGUAAAAAAACAUAGGGUAAGUGUAGCAAUUGACACAAAAAGAGGGACGCAACUGCCUUUCUUCCCUAUAACUUUUGUAAUAUUUAUUUAAAUCUUGCGAGGGACUCAGAAAAAUUUAUUCGAGCUACAAGAAAAAUAUGUUCACAUAUUGGAACAACAGAGCUUUAUAAUGAGACAGAAAUUCAACACUGUAUACAAUCUCGAAUUAACGAUGACCACAGAUAUUAUAUGUGUUAUAGAUUUAUAUUUAUAUAUUGGAAUUUUUUAAAUCAAAAUACGGUGCAUCUUUUUACUGCUAAAUAAGUUAUGUAUAUUUUGAUCACGGAUCCAUCAAAUUUUAUACUUAUAAGAUACAGACAAGUGUAUAAUCCAAAGCGCACACAGACUAAUGAUACUUAAAGAAGAUAAGAUGGUACAUAUUCCGUAUUAAUAUAGCAGAUAUUUGUUUGGCUUUUUAUCAUUAAAUAAAUCUCUCUGAUUAUUGUUUUUUUCCUUCUCUUGCAUGUAUAGUCAUUAUUUUCUCGCGUCACGUAAAGAGUUUGAAGAUUACAUUUGUAAUAGAUGGAGAAAAUGGAUUUCUCUCAAGUUCAAGCAUUGCUUGCGUUCUAUCUCUGCGUGAGUUAGUCUCAAAACGUGAUGUAAAUCGGAAUUUGUAAAUUUCGCGAAAAUUUAUAUAUUUACACUUCGUUACAAUUCGUAUCUCGAAAUUCAAUUUUGUCACUCAUCAUUUUUUAAAUUAAAAAAUGCCUCUCAUGCGUAACGGUUAAAUCGAAUUGAGUUCAACGAUUGAGACUGCCUUGUAUAUGUGUAAUGUUAUUUCUUGUAAAUCGACAAAAUAAUGUACCAUUCGUAGAUGUGUGUUCAUAAAAGAAAGAAGCGAUAUUGUUAGAAUAAUAAUUGUAUAACAUCAUGAUAUUUGCUUCACUAAACUCUAAUUAAGCUAAGGGUAAGUCCAAUUGUGUGUUGGGGAUCAUUAAAUUCGCAUAUGUAAGUUCUUUUUAAUACAAGUACGAAAUGGAAAUAUAUGUUUUGAAAAAUAUGCAUA